CGCCGCCGCGCAGUGAGUGCAGCGAGUGGUCGAGCCACUCGUGCAAGUUGCCUUGUCGGUCGGUCUAUCAAGGACAUCAAAGGUAUCUGGACGAAUACACUGGGACAUUGCCUGCUGCAAGCUGUAUCUUCAGAUAUCUCGCAGUCCACAAGCUUGACGUCCCAUCAGUCAGUCAAUCUUCCUCCUAGGUCAACCUUGACGGCGCUCCUCCCGACACACCCGUGAAGAACUCCAGCAACCCUAGCCACCAUGUCUACCCUAGAAGACCUGGAUGACAUCGAGCGCGAUCAGAAGGACCAAAAGAAGGACGAUGAAAACAAUGACAAGAAACCUUCCGAUGGCGAUUCGAAGAAAGAUGCCGAGAUGAAGGAUGCUGAACCGGAGAAGAAAGACGAAGAGGAAGACUACAUCGAUGCGGAAAUCCUGCAUUCUAGCACCAGAGACAUCAUCAACCGGCGGCGAUUACUUGAGAAUGAGCUAAAGAUUCUGAAGAGCGAGUUCCAGCGGCUGAAACAUGAAGAGACCACGAUGAAAGAGAAAAUUAAGGACAACUUGGACAAGAUUGAGCAGAACAGACAAUUACCGUACCUUGUUGGGAAUGUCGUCGAACUUCUCGACCUCGAUGUCGACGCCGAAGCAGCUGAGGAAGGUGCCAACAUCGACCUGGAUGCUACUAGAGUGGGCAAGUCUGCAGUCAUCAAGACCAGUACGCGACAGACCAUCUUCCUGCCGCUCAUUGGGCUGGUGGACCACAACAAGCUCAAGCCGGCCGACCUGAUUGGCGUCAACAAAGACUCGUACCUCGUGUUAGACACGCUGCCGGCCGAGUAUGAUUCGCGAGUCAAGGCGAUGGAAGUGGACGAGAAGCCGACUGAGAAAUACACCGACGUGGGUGGUCUUGACAAGCAGAUUGAAGAACUGGUCGAGGCGGUCGUGUGGCCGAUGAAGGAAGCCGAACGGUUCAAGAAGAUUGGCAUUAAGGCUCCCAAAGGUGCUUUGAUGUACGGUCCACCAGGAACGGGCAAGACCCUUCUUGCUCGUGCGUGCGCUGCUCAGACAAACGCCACUUUCCUCAAGCUUGCCGGUCCUCAGUUGGUCCAAAUGUUCAUCGGUGAUGGUGCCAAACUUGUGCGAGACUGUUUCGCCCUGGCCAAGGAAAAGGCACCCUCGAUCAUCUUUAUCGACGAACUCGAUGCCAUUGGCACCAAACGGUUCGAUUCCGAGAAGAGCGGUGACCGAGAAGUGCAACGGACCAUGUUGGAGCUGUUGAACCAGCUGGAUGGAUUUGCUUCGGAUGAAAGAAUCAAGGUUCUUGCUGCCACCAAUCGAAUCGACGUGCUUGACCCGGCCUUGCUGCGUUCCGGCCGACUCGAUCGCAAGAUCGAGUUUCCUCUUCCAAAUGAAGAAUCGCGUGCCCAGAUUCUUCGAAUACAUUCUCGCAAGAUGACCAUCGACGAAGGCAACAUCAACUGGGGAGAGCUGGCUCGAUCCACCGACGAAAUGGGAGGUGCCCAACUCAAAGCCGUGUGUGUUGAAGCGGGCAUGAUCGCACUUCGCAAGGGUCAUUCCAAGGUCCUCCACGAGCAUUUUGUCGAUGGUAUCAACGAAGUUCAAGCGAAGAAGAAAGACACUGUCAACUUUUACGCAUAAAACUCGUCUGUUCACAGCGAACCAGCAUGGGGCUUGGGGCAUAAGCCAUGAAAUGGCAUGUACAACAGACCAGGUCGUCGGAUUCGUCUUACAUAGAAUACAAUGGAGUGAGAGCCCAUGGUCCGUGGCGAUGAUCGUUGCGCAUUUGGCCUAUCAGCCUUUGAUAAUGGAUGCGUUUGCAUCGACUCAAUUGUAUUCACAGAGCCCUUUCACGAGAUCGUGCACGUCGGAUUCGUGACAAUGUCUGGCUGAUAGAAGCUACGUUGGCUCCAGUUCCUUCAUGCUCUAUAGUGUGAGCUUGUGAAGGAUCCCAAUUGAAGGCCUGCUCUCCGCUGAGCAUUUGAGCAUUUUCCGAAGCCUAUCCUAGAAACUGUACACAAUGCUGUAGUUGACCCGG